AUGUCUGAAACUCAAGAACCAAAUGGUUUGAAUGACCCAAUUCAACAACAACAACAACAACAGCCUGAAGAAGUAGAAGAUACGUCACAACGAUCAGAACAGCAAGAGGAACCACCAACCACAGACAAGAAGAAAAAGAAGAAGAAAUCAGUAGGAUUUGCUCCACCACCAGCAGAAGAUCUUAAACAACAUCAUCAAGAAUUACAAAAGAAAAUAGAAAUCAAAAAGAAAUCAAAUCCUUUUCAAAAAGUCCCAGUUGAAUUAGCUUAUUUAGAACGUAAGAAAUUAGGAGAAGGGCCCAAACCAUUACUUCAACUGAAACAAGUUGGAGAGAGUCAACCCAAGGCUAAACCGGUAAAGUUAUUGAACGAUUUAUCAACAAUGAAAUUCUUUGAUGUUAAAGAUAUUUCUGUUCAAAAUAAAGAAACUGAAUUACAAUUUCAUUAUACAACAAUUGAUUUACCUCCAAACCCCAAUAGCAUAAUUGUUGAUAUUAAAUUUGGUUCUUUAAAUUCUUAUGAUUUAUCCAAAAUCAAUCAAUAUCUUUUAAAUGUAAGUAAUAUUAAAGUUGGUUUAGGAUUUGAAUUCUCAGGUGUUGUCGCAUAUGUUGGUUCUAAUAUGAAAGAUAAAUAUUCAAUUAAUGAUUAUGUAUUUGGUAUAUUAGAUCCUAAUGAUAAAAGAGGAGCAUUAUCUACGAAUCAAAUUGUUUAUCCUGGAAGAGAUGUGGCUAUUAAAGUUAAUCAAGAAUUACUUGAUCAAUUGGAUGAUAUAGAUAUCGAUCUUUCAUUCACUAAUGCAAAUGAAGAUUUUGAAAUUGAUUCAGACUCAGAACCUUCAAUUAUCCCAGAACCUUCAAAACAUCGUCGUAGAACUGAAUUCCCGGUUGAAGAUAAACUACCACCAUUAGCAAAAUUAUCAACGAUAUCUGUUUUAUAUAACCGAUCCAAACAAUUGCUUCAACAUUUACAACCCACAAACCGAGCCAAUUUAUUAAUAAAUGGAGCAGACACAAAUAUUGGACUCACAAUAAUUCAAACCCUCUUUGCGGAAUACAAUUUCGAGCAUAUUAACUUAAUCCUCAUAAUCCGAGAAUCUUCUCAACAUUUCAUGGAACAAGCUAUCUCCAAUUUCAAACAAAAAUAUUUCGAUCCAUCCACAGAAAAGCAUAUAUCAGUCAUCCCAUUCGAUCUCCUCAACGAAGAUCUAAUCUUUCCCGGAGAACGUAUUCCCGUCCAAUACAAAAAACCGACCUUAUUAGCCACGGAAAUCUUCCAAGCUCUCUUCAAACCCCACGAUAUCGACCACCACCCGCCAAUCGACCCAUCAAACGUUGUCGACUACAAACUUGACUAUUUCAUAGAUUUAAUCGGCUGUAAGAAAUACUUCCAACCCAAUAUCCAUCUUAACGAAUUAGAUUCCCUAUCACUCCCAUUCAAAGCCCAUUUAGCAUCCUCACUCGAAUCAUUAUUUGGAAAAACAAAGGAACCAUUCUUUGUUAAAUUACUUAAACCAAAAAAAUACGGUUCGGCAAUGAUAUCAGGAUGUAAAUAUACCCUAGAAACCCCAAGUUAUAACAUUGACAAACUUAUCGAAUUAGAUAAUCCAAUCCUCAACCCUUGGGCUAAUAAAUUCACUUCGGGAUUGUUUAAUAAUUGGACACCCUAUAAUUAUUUCCAAGAGAUGGGAUUGGAGAUUAGGGAAGAAUGGACUAAGAUUGCGUUGGAGUUGGUGUUGGCGGGGAGAAUGAAGUUUAGGAUUGGGGGAUAUCGUGAUUGGAGAAAUGGAUAUAAGGAAUUGAUUAAGGAUUUGAGAGUUAAUGAUGGGAAGAUUUCCAAUACCAAGAAUCAUAAUAGAAGACUGCAGACAAGACGGGCAAUGGAGUCUAUAAUGAACGAGCAAGAAGAAUCAGAGAUGGAAGAAGAAAGUGGAUUUUCAGAAUACGAUUCCUCAGAACUGAUAGAUGUUGAAAGAGACUUACGAGAAAUGGAAGAAUAUUAUAAUGGAAUGCGAAUGCUUUAUGCUUUCUUAGGCAAACCUUCCCAUCGAUAUGAUCCUCAACCCUAUGAGAUUAAAGAUGAGGGUUUAAACUCAGCGGAUGAAUCAAAUGAUGAAGCCCCUGAAGAACUCUCCCCGAGAGAUGAGAUGAUCUUGCGUGAUUGGAUCAAAUCCCAACAGCUGAAUGGAAGAAAACUCACCCGUUCCCAAAUCGAACAACGUGCCAGUAGAAUAUUAUAUCAGAAAUUCGUCUUCGAACCAUUAGAUAAGAACUGGUUGAAGGAUUUCAGUAACAAAUAUCCUAGUCUUGGAUUAAGCGUCAUCCAUAAUCAUAAGAUGAAAAUCAUAAAUUGGGGUCGACCAAGUUAUGAAGACUUGGAAGCAUGGUUCAAGCUAUUUCAUGAUACUGUUAGCAGGGAAAAUAUCAAACCUGAGAACAUCUACAGCAUGCAAGAGACCACCUUUAGAAUCAGGAAGCAAGGAAAUAUCAACCACAAUCACAGUGCAUCCAAUCGGAUCCAUAAAUCUCCACAAGACGAAACAGCCUUCCCCGAAAUCUUCACCACCUAUGAAACAAUCUCAACCACCGGCAAAAGCCUCACCCCACAUCUCAUUCACAAAGGAAAAGGAAUUGAAGAGGAAUGGUUUGAUCGUCGAAAAAUUCCUAAAAUCAGAUAUGGCAACACGAAGGAUGGAUGGUCCAUCGAACCCGACUUCCUCGAUUACUUUGAUGACACAUUCAUCUGCGAAACCCAACCCACCGACCCCGAUGAAUGGCGACUUCUUAUCUUAGAUCCACAGGUCCAAUACGGCUGUCGUGAGCUUAUGUCCCAUGCGAUCGCAAAUAAAAUAUGGUUAUUAUACAUCCCGCCCUAUUCGCAUGGAUAUACCCAACCCAUGGAUCUAUUAGGUUCACAAUUGAAGAGGGAGUUUAAUAUGGCGUGUGAUAGGUUGAGGAAUGAGAGUACUUUGGACAUAUUUUUGGCUUCUGGAGUUUACGGAUAUUGUCGUCAUAAGGGGAUGUUUAGGAAGGAGAAUAUCUUGAGAAGUUGGGAGAGGACAGGACUUGUGCCGUUUAACCCCUCGAUUAUACAAGCAACCAAAUACAGUAGUAAUUAUAGCAUGCCUCCUGUUAGAAGACUGCAGCAUUCAAAUAACAGCAAUUUAGCACAGCAAGAAGCUGUAGCCAUAAGGGAGGAGCAGGAAGUUAUAGUCUUAGACGACACCGAAGAAGAAGAGGAAGAAGAAGAAGAAGAAGAAAAUGGAGUAUCCCAUCGUGGUCCUUACACUGUUAGUCUUCUCAAUUAUGAUGAUAUUGAUAAUUAUGAUGUGUAUAGUGAAGAUAAUAUUAAUAGAGUAGCACGUAUACAACUAGAAAUGCAUAGAAUAACCGUGCCCGAACAGCGUGAGUUAUGUGAUUGGAUCAAAGCCGAGUAUGCGAGUGGCAGGGAUGUUUAUGCUCGACACAUUAUAGAAUAUGCAACCGAAUUGAUGGAGAAGAGAGGUGAUUUUGAGGGGGAACCAUUAGAUGAUGAAUGGUUAAAAGAAUUCUGCGGAAGAUAUUCCAUUGAUUUUGACAAGCUAAACAAGAAACCAAAUAGUAGAUUGGAUUGUGGACCACGUUAUAAAGGAGUUGAUAGAGCUUUCCAACUAUUCCAUGAGCUUGUUGAACGUCUCAAUAUCAAAAAGGAGAAUAUAUACAGCAUGGACCAAACUUUCUUUAAAAUGUUAGACCGCGCGCUGAAUUAUGAAGUUAGAGCUGAUUUAGACGCACAGAAGGAGAGACUUCUUCCAGAAAUAUUCACCACCACUGAAAUCAUUUCCGCCACUGGGAAAUACCUUUUACCCUUGCUUACCCUAAAAACUGACGGUUUAGAUGAUAAAUGGUUUGACCGUGAUUCAAAAAACAUACCCAAUUUCUGUUAUGGAAUAAAUCAGAACGGACGUCCUUGCGAGAAACAAGUUAUGCAUUAUUUCGAAAACAUCUUCAUUAAUGAGACACAACCAUCAGACCCCAAUGAAUGGAGAUUGGUCGUUCUCACAGAUAGGGAGAAUUACGUUACGGAUGAGUUUAUAGUGAAGGCAAAAGAACAUAAAGUGUGGCCCUUAUAUGUUUACCGCUCUACUUCUAAUUUUACCCAACCUCUGGAUAUAGUUGCUUCACCGUUGAAAAGAUCGUUUGAGUUGGUGUGUAAUAGAAUAAGAGAAGCAACUGGUGAUGAUAUCUUGAACAGGUAUGCUGUUAUUCAUGCUUAUGAUAUUUGUCGUAAAGAGGUUUUGCAGGAGGAUCAUAUUGUGAAAGCAUGGAAAAGAUCUGGGUUUGUUCCGUUUAAACCCCAGGAGGUAUUGGAAAGGUAUAGAACAAGAAGAGAACCAAUUUAUUCUAAGUAG